UGAAGGAAAAUGAAAAGGUAUCCAACUAACAAUCCUGUAGAGGAGUUCAAUAGAAACGUUACAAUAACAAACCUAAAAUUAAAUCAUUUAGAGUACAGAAAUGUAGAAGGAAAGGUAACAGCAUUUUUUAAAUAUAAUUUAGAACUUGUUUGAAAGAGUGAAAGGGUAUCAAGAUUUGAUUGGGCAAUUCAGAAAACAAAAGAUUAUACUAUAUGAAAGAAGAAAUAUGUCAGCACCAGCCCAGGAAUGUUAUGGUAUUUAAAAAAGUUCAUAAUAGGAAUGGAUGAUUAUGGAGAUAUAUUUUAUGGGAUCAAUUUUGCAUCUGCAGACUAUUUGGGUUUAUGCACUAAUGAAUAAGCAAAGGUAUAAAUUAAAAUAAAUAGAAUAGGAAGCAGCAGCAACUGCAGCUUAAGAAUAUUCUGUAAAUUCUUGUGGAGCACCAUUAGCUUUUGGAGCAUCAAAAUAUUACAUGUAAUUGAAGGAAGAGUUAAAAGAUUAUUGGAAUAUGAAAGAGGUAAUAAUUUAUAGUGCUGGUUGGUUGGCAGGUUAUGGUGUAGUAAAAGGAUUAAUAAGGUAACUGUUGAUUAUUAAUGUACUUAGACCUUAUGAUUUUGUAAUAAUGGAUGAAUUAUGUCAUAAUUGCUUAACUGAAGGAGCUCAUGCAGCAACAAAGAAUGUGUUUAGAGUAACUCACUUGAGUCUUGAAGCAAUGGAGAAGAAGAUAGCUGAAGUUAGAUUAGAGAAUCCAGAAGCAUGUAUUUUGGUUGUGACAGAAGGUUUGUUUAGUAUGGAUAGUGAUUACACUGAUCUUGUGGCUUUAUAAAAGAUAACUUUAAAAUAUGAAGCAUUUUUAUUGAUAGAUUGUGCACAUGAUUUUGGAUGUAUGGGCAAAACAGGUAGCAAAUAUUAUAUAUGAAUUUAUUUAGGAAAGGGAGUCUAUGAAAUAUAAGGACUUAAGGAUUUUUCUAAUGUUCUUUUGAUGUCUGGAGGAUCUAAAUGUUUAUCUACAAAUGUUGGAUGGGUUGCCUGCAAUUCGUUUGAAGUAAUUGAUUAUCUUAAAUUCUUUUCUUCUGCUUAUAUGUUCACUAAUUCAGUUAAUCCUGUUUAAUGUGCUACUGCUUUAGCAUAACUCAGAAUUUUAAAUAGUGAAGUAGGUGUUAGAUUGAGAACUCAAGUGCUUGAAAAUUAUCAUUAUAUGAAAAAAGAAUUGAAUUCUAGAAAUUACAAAAUCUUAGGAUAUCCUUCUCCUAUUCUACCAUUAUUAAUAGGUGAUGAAUUAACAUGCAGAAUUGUAACUAGAUUAAUGUUAGAUGAAGGAAUUCAUUGUAAUGGUAUUGAAUAUCCAAUUGUAAAAAUGGGAUAAGCUCGUUUAAGAGUAAAUUUAUAACCAUAACACACAAAAGAGUAUUAUAAUUUAUCAUAUCUUUAAGUUAAAUGGAUACAUUUAUUGAAACCUUUGAUUUUUGCUUUAAGAAAGCUACUAAAUUAACAUAAGAUUCUCUUGAAAGAUAUCAAAUAUAUUUGGAAUAGUAGGAAUAAUAAGAAUAACAGUUCAAAAAUAAUUAAAAAUAAGUAAACUUCAAUGAGACUAAGAUGGAACUCAAGAAGCCUAACUUAUGA